AUGAGCGAUGGUAAGAAGGUAGGUGAAAAUUCCAGUAGUGAGGUUGUUAACCAAUUUCGAAGCUGUAGGGAUUUAAGUGAUAUCGUGCCGCUGUACACGCAACGAGCGCUUUAUUUAAAACCAGUUGCAAAGAUAAAUGUUUCUGUUAAUCUUCCUCAAUUGAAAGUUCCAGGAAAAACAAUAUCAACAUGGGAAGUAAUGGAGAAGAUUCGUGCCCUUAUACUACCAGACGAGUUUGCAUCUCUGAAGGUAGCGAAGAGUACAUUGGAAUUUAUCAGAUUGGAGGGGGACUUGCAAGACAGAUGCAGACUACAACGUGUACUUGCACGAUUGGACUCCCAGCGUUUGAAUCUGUCUGGAUUCCCCAACGUUUUAAAAGUCCGCGCAGCAGAGGCGAAGGAUGAGUUCCCUACCAGACAUAGUUGGGAUUCUUACUUCAGAGAUGCGAAACAUAUGAAUGAAUUGAAGCCUGGAGAAAGGCCAGAUACUAUACACAUAACAGGCUUACCUGUUAAAUGGUUCAUAGAAGAUAAUGCAACUAUGCCCAGUGAAUCUUUGAUUAAUAAGAUCUUCAAAAAAUGGGGAGUAUUAAGAAGAAUCGAUGUACCUGCUGCUGAUCCUUACAGAUCCAGAAUGCGUCUUGGUACAAAUAUAAAUAAGUUUAGUUACGAAGAUGGCAUAUUUUUUGACGCAUAUAUUCAGUAUGUUGAGUAUAUGGAUUUUGUUAGAGCUAUGGAUGCAUUGCGUGGCAUGAAACUACUUAAAAAGGAAGGAGACAAGGCAUUCACAGCUUCUAUUAAGAUUACUUUUGAUAAAACAAAACACAUGAGCGAUAGUUCUGUCGCGCAUAGAGAAUUCGAAAGAAAACGCCUCAUAGCACAGGAUACAUUAGCAGCAGAACGACUUCGAAGAAAAGAAGAAGCCGAAGAGAAACGCCGUGAAGAACUGAAGAAGAAAGAAGAAGCCGAUGCGAUAGCUAAAGAAAAUAGACGGAAAAAACGAGAAGAGAAACGUAAACGUAAAGCUAUAACGAUAUUUCGAAAGAAGGAAGAGGAUAAAGUAUCUAUGAAGAUCGCUAGGGAAGGUCAAAAAUUAAUCAAAGCACAAAGGCAGCUUGAAAGUAUUCGUCUAUUAGAUGAAUUAUUCGACAGGAUAAAGAUAAAAGUGGAGAACAAUGAGAUUAAAAUAGAUGAAGUGACAAACGUGGAUACAAAAAAAGAAGAAAAAAAAAGCAAUAAAGUAGAUGGUACUGUUGAAAUAUUGAGUUCAGAAGAGGAUUCGAAAGAUGGGAAGAAGGAUAAAAAAACCAAAAAAUCAAAAAAGAAAAGAUCGAAAAAAGAGAAAAAGAAGAAAAAGAAACAAAAAAAGGAUAAAGAUUCCGAAAAUUCUGCAAGUCAAAGUGAUAAAUCAGGCGCGGAAGAACAAACAAAAAAAUUAAAAAGUGUUCUGAAACAAAAUGUUCCAUCAUCGUCAACAGCGUUUUCACCUUCAAAAUCUCUUCCUUAUGCACGCUUUCCACAACCUUCUUCCUUAGAAUCUCUUUCUUAUCCAACUCUUUAUCCACGUUUUCCACAACCAUGGUAUUACGAUGCGGCCCUGCCUGUGAUUUAUUCAAGUUUACCAAGAGGUAUGCCUAGGGGUCGUUUUCCACGAGGACGGGGUAGAGGAUUUUUGUGGCACAACACUGGAAAUCCUCAUACGUUGCAUACGUUCAAUCCUCAUUUGUAUAACGAGCAAUAUUACAAAUAUUUUGCUCAUUUAGUCAGGAUUAUCAUUCUUUCGACUACAGGAGUUCACGAUCACGUAGUCGUAAAAGGUCGUUCAGUGGAUCUAGAUCUAGAUCAAGAUCAAGGUCGAGAUCAAGAUCCAGAUCGAGCUGGAUCGAGGUCUCGAAGUAGAAGACGGAGUAGAAGCAAAAGUAGAUCUCGUUCGAAAAGACGACGUGGAAGAUCGAAGUCAAGAUCGAAAUCUGCUACUAGACUGAGGUCUCGAUCGCGACGAUCGCGAUCUAAUAAGAAAUCUCGUUCGAGGAGUCGCUCUAAUUCUCGAAAUAACAGCAAACAUCACUAUAAACGCAGACGGGCAAGAUCAGUAUCGAAGGUGAAAAUUACAAGAGCUAAAUCUCGCAGUACAUCGCCUAAAAGAAGAUCUCGUAGCAGUACUUGGUCCAUGCCUAAAUCUCCUGGCAGAAGAAGCUGUUCUUGGUCGAAAGGAGUGGAUGUCGCAAGCAAUAAAAUGGAUACCGUUAAAUCAGCAAGUGUAACAGAGCGAGGAACUACGAAUAAAGAACCACUGCAAACUUGUCACUUGGAGAAUAUAACUUCCGACUGA